CGUUGGCCACUUUUGGGGCUGUCACUGACUGACUGGAGGAUCGAGCAAUAACUUAGAAUUGAGGAGCACAACAAACGAACAAACAACAUAAUGGCAGCAAGUCUCAUUUUAAGACAAAAACAAAUAUUACCCUUCCUGAAGAAUGUCAAGACAUUGCAAUUUGAAGGGCGGAAUCUAUUUUCGAGGAGCAGUUUCUUGAGCUCGUCAAAACUUUUUGAUUCUGUCGAUGACGCAGUUUUGGAUAUUCCAGAUGGGUCGACUCUUCUGGUUGGAGGUUUUGGAUUAUGUGGCAUACCAGAAAAUUUGAUAUCGGGGUUGCUGAAACGCCAAGUUAAAGAUUUGACAGUUGUAAGCAAUAACGCAGGGGUAGAUGGCUUUGGUCUUGGCCUGCUCCUUAAAGGGCGCCAAAUUAAACGUAUGAUUUCAUCAUAUGUGGGAGAAAAUCGAGAAUUCGAAAGGCAAUACUUAAAUGGAGAACUGGAAGUUGAAUUAACGCCACAGGGAACACUAGCUGAAAGAAUUCGUGCUGGAGGAGCUGGCAUUCCUGCUUUUUUCACUCAAACGGGCUAUGGCACUUUAAUUGAGAAGGGUGGCUCGCCGAUUAAGUAUGGGAAAUCUGGUGAAAUUAUAGUCGCAAGUGAGCCUCGAGAGACUCGGAGUUAUGGGAACAAAGACUACAUUUUGGAAGAAUGCAUAACGGGCGAUUAUGCAUUAGUAAAAGCGUGGAAAGCGGAUCCUAUGGGAAAUCUGGUUUUCAGAAAGACAGCCAUGAAUUUCAAUUUGCCCAUGUGCAAAGCUGGAAAAAUCUGUAUAGCCGAAGUCGAGGAGCUGGUCGAAAUUGGAGAAAUAUUACCUGAACAUGUGCAUGUUCCAUCCAUUUACGUGCAACGUAUCGUUCACGGUGGAACAUUUGAAAAACGUAUUGAGCGGAAGACACUACAUGCUCAAGGGGGAGGAGAUCCAUCUGGUGGGCCGGGAACCAGGAGCAAAAUUGUUCAACGAGCUGCGCUAGAAUUUCGAGAUGGAAUGUAUGCCAACCUUGGCAUUGGGAUGCCAAUGAUGGCAUCAAACUACAUUCCCAACGGAAUGACUGUUCACCUUCAAUCAGAAAAUGGUAUUUUGGGUCUGGGUCCCUUUCCAACAGAAGAAGAAGUGGAUCCAGAUUUGAUCAAUGCAGGGAAGCAGACUGUCACUGCUUUGCCGGGGGCUUCUUACUUCUCGAGCGAUGAAAGUUUCGCCAUGAUUCGGGGGGGUCAUGUUCAUCUGACCAUUUUGGGAGCAAUGCAAGUAUCGGAAAAUGGCGACUUGGCCAACUGGAUGAUCCCGGGGAAAAUGGUCAAAGGAAUGGGUGGGGCUAUGGAUUUGGUCGCUUCUGCUGAUACGAAAGUGGUUGUGACAAUGGAGCACACCGCCAAAAAUGGAGAUCACAAAAUUUUGAAGACUUGUAACUUGCCCUUGACGGGGAAACGUUGUGUUGAUAUGAUUAUCACUGAAAAGGCAAUAUUUCAGUGUACCAAAAACGGGUUGGUCAUGACUGAAAUCGCCGAUGAUACGAACAUUGAAGAAGUCAAGGGAAUGACCGGAUGUGACAUUAAAGUUGCGAAGGAUUUGCGUUUAAUGGGCUCAGCUGUGAUUGGGUGAACUUUAUUCAUUUCCGAUGUAUUUGAAAGAAUAUAGAACCUAAGACGUUCAA